CUUUUGCUCCAUUUUCUAGAGAGAGAGAGGGAGGAGAGAGAGGGAGGAGAGAGAAAAGGAGAUUCAAAUGGAGACGAAUCUGAGAAAUUCGGGAGCGAAACCCUAAUUUCCGCGAGCUUGCUGUUUUGAAUUUGUUUUAAUUUUUUUCGCUGAAUUUUAAUUCCAAUCGGAGGAGGGAUUGAGGGGGGAUUUUUGAAAAUAAAAUAAAAUAUAAUGCCUUCGCACGCGGAUCUAGAUCGGCAGAUCGAGCAGUUGAUGGACUGCAAGCCGUUGACGGAGCAGGAGGUGAAGACUCUUUGUGAUCAGGCGAGGGCGAUUCUGGUGGAGGAGUGGAAUGUGCAGCCGGUGAAAUGUCCGGUCACGGUCUGCGGAGAUAUUCAUGGGCAGUUCUAUGAUCUGAUCGAGCUGUUUCGGAUAGGCGGCAAAGCUCCUGACACCAACUAUCUUUUCAUGGGAGAUUAUGUAGAUCGUGGAUACUAUUCAGUGGAGACUGUUACACUUUUAGUUGCUUUGAAGGUUCGUUACAGAGAUAGAAUCACAAUUCUUAGGGGAAAUCAUGAAAGUCGGCAAAUUACCCAAGUGUAUGGUUUCUAUGAUGAAUGUUUGAGGAAGUAUGGAAAUGCCAAUGUUUGGAAGUUUUUCACAGAUCUCUUUGAUUAUCUACCUCUGACAGCACUUAUUGAGAGUCAGGUAUUCUGUUUGCAUGGAGGACUUUCACCAUCUUUGGAUACACUCGAUAACAUUCGAGCUCUAGAUCGUAUACAGGAGGUUCCCCAUGAAGGGCCAAUGUGCGAUCUCUUAUGGUCUGAUCCGGAUGAUCGUUGUGGUUGGGGAAUUUCUCCUCGAGGGGCUGGGUACACCUUUGGACAGGAUAUAGCUGCGCAGUUCAACCACACCAAUGGGCUCACUCUCAUUUCAAGAGCUCACCAGCUUGUUAUGGAAGGUUUCAACUGGUGUCAGGAUAAAAAUGUUGUGACUGUAUUUAGUGCUCCAAACUACUGUUACCGGUGUGGGAACAUGGCAGCAAUACUAGAAAUUGGGGAAAACAUGGAGCAGAAUUUUCUUCAAUUCGACCCUGCUCCUCGACAGAUCGAGCCCGACACUACAAGGAAGACACCGGACUAUUUUUUGUGAUCUUUAUACUUCUGCUCAUUGUUUACAGCCCUAGCUGUGUUCUCUCUUUGUGUCCUAUUAAUCCAUACAAGCCAAGGCGUCCUACUUUUGGGCAAAAUUUUUUUAACCCUGAAUCUUUGAGCAUUAUUUUGCUUAAAAAUAUGCUGGAAGGGAUCAAAGGUAUGUAUGAAUUUUGUUAUUGUUAUUAUUUUCCAUUUUUGGCCUUGUUAGUUGCCAAAAAUGUGUAGCGGGUAGUUUCUAUGUGGAGGCUUUGAAGGUGAAAUACAAUGGCAUGGCUUUUGGAGUGACUACAUCCCCUCUUCUUUCUUUCACAGGGAUUUUCAGUUUUCGUAGAUAGGCAUUUUGCAAUAUAGGAAGUAUUUGCAAAAAAUUUGGGAAACUAAUUUAUGCACUAAACCCUUUUUUGUUGUAAAAAAUGUGUUGCUUCGUUUAUGCAUGCUUUGUCCUCUCU